AUGCGUCAUCUCUUGCUUUUAUCGCUGUUUUUCUCAAUUUCUUAUUUUGCUAAAGCUAAUAUUUCCUCUGACUUCCGAUUGGUUGUGGCAAAAUGCAUCAGUCAAAUUCAAGAGGCAGAAAAGGAAGCAAGCUUACAUAUGACAGGAGGUUGUAGCUGUGCUAAUUACAGUUGUGGCUGUUGUGGACACAUUGAGCAAUCCUCUCUGCAUCUUAACGAUACAGGUUGCCUUAACAUUACUUAUAUACCAGAAAAAUUUGGAAUUUCUGUGAAAUUCACUCUUGAUGGUUCUGUGAUCUUUUCAGAGGAAGCUUCAGCUUCUGACCCACCACCUUUGUGUUUUGGACUCCCUCAUCUCAUUGGUGUUGGCAUGUGCAUUAAAUUUUACAACUUGUCUCUGGCAAAUCACUCAUUUUCUGGUUGUGUCAUGGUGCAACUGAAAGGUUUCGUGCGUGAUACCUACAAGCUGGGUUGUUUUAAACUGCACUUCCCCGUCAAUGCUGCUGCUGCUCCCCUCUUGGCAGAUGACCGAGCAAUGAGACUGUCACAGCCUCCGACUAAUAACCUUGUGGUCGUGGCCAAAAAGAAUCCUGAUAUGUCACUGCGCUUCCAUACUUUCUUUUUCAUUUCUACUUUCCCUCUUUGUAUAACUCUUAGUUUUUCUUCUUACUCCUUUUCUCUCUCUUUCUCUCUCCAUCUUCCUUUGUCCCUGAUUUCAAUCAAGCGCAAUAUUGUUUUGGUGGCCAGUCUUUUUCUCUCUUAUAUUUAUUGCUUAUUUAUCUCCAUCUGA